AUGUACGCUGCUCGCUCCGUCAAGCCAAAGCUCUCUUUGAGCAUCGCCACCACGACAAGCGCCCCUCGCCCGGCACUGUCUCUCAAGUCUCCCGGUCUUCAAGUUCCUCGCACGCCAAUCUCUCCAAUCUCUGCCGCAAGCCCAACAGCCAAGAGAUUCUCUUCAUUGCAAGUACCCUCGUACAACUACUCCAACUCCUGCUCGUCGAAGAGCAUUCUCAAGAAGCAACCGGUUGCACGACCAGGUGUUGCCGACAAGCGCAUCAAGUUCCAGGUUACGCCGACUGUGCAUUGCGUGACUCCAAUUGAGAACCCGGAUGAGUACUAUGGCCGACACACGAAGAUUACCCGCGAGGAUCGCCGCUGGACAGUGCGCGAGUGA